UAGAUCUCACCUUAGUUUAUCACCACAUGAUCAUACAGCUGACCUUUCGGGUGUUGUCUCCGCCUUAGAAGGAGGCUGGUUUGGAUCUGGCAAGAACCAUCACAGAUCAAGUACAGCUCCCUGAUUUCUGACAUCGCCCUUGAGAAGCUACUGCGCCCAGGCACCGUCAGCCAAGAAAAUGGUGAGCUACGAUGAUGCCCGUGAUUAUGUGACAUCCCUGUUCAUCAUGCUGAAGAAGGAACCAGUCAUCUUGUUCCGCAUCGAGUUCCUGGUGGUCCUCGUCACGCUGCUCUUCUUCGCCAUGUUCCUCAUGGAUUUCUUUCGCCGCAUCAUUCACAACCCAUUCAUGAGGGCCGUCUUCAGCAUCUUCGACGGCGUCUCCGACUCCAUUGUCUUGUACCUCCUGGGGGCCAUGCAGUCGGCGCCUUUCAAGAACCAGCUGUUCCCGAUCUGGGCUCUUGUGCUCGUCAAUUUCCGCUACAGCGCAGACUACAUCUCCGGCUACGGUGUUCCUGACCGCCGCGGACGAAGGUUCACCGAGUGGAGGAACGUGUUCAAGCUCCUGGGGUCGGCAUUCUUGACUUGGACGCGUGGAUCCAGCUUCACGGCUCCACUCUGGUCCGUCUGGUGCCUGCAGAUAGUGAGGAGCGCGUACAGAUUCCACUCACACAAUCUGGCAUUCCGCUCCCUCUGGCAUGGCGGGAGCUCACACCUGGUUGCAGAGCACAUGCGUGCCAGGUACAGCAACUCGCAACCAGACAGCAACUCGCAACCAGCAGCCAGCCCAGUGACGAUGGAAGACUACAGCUACUUGGUGUAUGGAGAAACGAGGCGGAAUUUCAAGCUAAAGAAGCCUCAGUAUGCAUUGUCUCCUCACCGGCCAAGAAAGAUCUGGCAAGCUAGAUGUUGUUGUGUAAGAGUCGUCUUCAAUACCAGCAGCCGCACGUCCCAGCAGGAGUCGUCGCCACUGAUCACGCUGGACAAAGUCUGGAAGUACUGUCCCAUUCACCAGCCACAUAACCAGGAGGAGGAAGAGGACCUAAAGAAGGACAAUGACCUAAAGGAUAUCACUUUGGCCUUCGCCUUGUCAAGGCUGCUGCGGUGCAGGUUUGAGGAUGUGCCGCUGCAAGCAAGUAUCUUCGAAAUACACCGUGAGCUGAUCAAGAGCAUAAUUGGUGGGAAGCUGGGCACCAGCGAUGUCCUCAGGAUCAUGGAGCUGCAGCUUGCCUUUGUCCACGACUAUUUCAACACCCGCUACCCCAUGGUGUUCUGGUGUGGGCGCCUGUCUCUCCUCAUCACUCUGUUUCUGUCCGUGCUCACCAUCGGUGCUGUCUGCUGGCUUGCUGUGGAUAUCCGUAGGGUCUAUAAGCCCCCGAAUGGCGAGCUUGCCAAUCUGGUCAAGGGCUUUAAUAUUGACAUGAUCAUUACAUGGGCAUUCAUUUUGCUGAUGAUUGCCAAGGAGGUCUGGGAGAUGGUGACCUACUUACUCUCCGACUGGACAAGCUUAAUCCUGGUGUGCGAGUAUGUGCAGAGGAAGUGCAAGAGGAUCGGAGGAUCUAUAGACACAAGGAUGGAUCGCAUAUUAUUAUGGUUUUCCAGAGCUAAGAUUACUGACAAGAGGUGGCAUGGACAUCUUGACCAGUAUGUCUUCCUGCAGUCGUAUGAGGACAGACCAAGAUUUUGGAAUUUUGUUCACAACCUAACUACCGGAAUAAUUCCAAAGAAAGACGACGGGGCAAAGCUCAGCAGUGCCAUCACAGUUCCCGAGUGUGUCAAGAAGGCAGUUCUGGAGAAGCUCAGCAUAAUGGUGGAGGAAAAAAAAGAUUGUAGUCUGCCCAAGGACCAACAUUGUAGUCUGCCCAAGGAAAAACAAGAUUGUAAUCUUCCCAUGGACCUCAAGACAUUGUCCAACAGCAACCUUAGCGAGCAGUUGCAGAACUACAAGUCUUACACCGCACCACCGAUGAGCACCGACAUCGUCUUGCCGACAAGCUCUCACAUCAUUCUUGCGUGGCACAUCGCGACCAGCCUCUGCGAAAUGGAGCUUGCGAAUAAUCACGGUGUCAACUUGAGCAAACCUGGGUUUCCGCGCUCGCUGUUGUGUUGGUUGACUUCUUGCUGCUCCUCCAAACCUUAUCUUAUGGAUUUGGGUGAGAAGAAAGAUGGUAUCUUGUCAUGGUUCACAAAUAGCUGCUCAUCAAAGUCAAAUGGGAAGUUGCCUGACAAGCUUCGGGAGUCCUACACCAUUGCAAACAGCUUAUCGCGGUACUGUGCAUAUCUGCUGGUUGCAAAGCCUGACCUGACCCCUGAUAGUUUUCUUGUUCCCAAGAUAGUCUUCCAGAAAACCGUCGAGAGUGCUCAUGACGGCAUCCUGAAAAAUUGUGAUUCAUUAGAGAGCAGGCGCAUAAAACUGAAUGAAGCAGACGAACCUAUCGAAAACUCCGAAGAAGAUGUAUUGAAACAGGGUGCAGCACUGGGCAAGGAACUGCUCAAAAUUCCAACUGAUGAAAUUCGCUGGAAGAUCCUGGAAGAGGUAUGGACUGAGUUACUUAUACACAUUGCGCCCACGCGGAAUGCACACGCGCACAGGAAGUGUCUCUCUGGAGGGGAGUUCAUAACCCACAUAUGGGCAUUUCUUUGGCACUAUGGCAUUCAGAAGAGUAGCUUGUGGCCAAAUGAAGUUGCACUAGCAAACCGUGCCCCUGCAGCGCCUGAGAAUGAUGGCGUCCGAAAUGCAAACAAUAUGGAUGAACCAGUGCAAGUUUGUGCAGACGGAAGUGCCGAGCAGACUGGCGCUAAUGUUCGUGAACCGGAUGAGAUCAUGGGAACCCAGGAGCAUGAGACAAGAAACUCUAGGAGAGUGCUAACAAGGAUGGAGAGAACAGAGAGUUCAGAAAUCGAGGAGGGGUCUCAUGAUGCCAUAGCGGAGGACAGAAAUUUUCAGAGAGGAAUGGCUGGUCAAACCCAAAACGGGAGUGAGGCAAACAAGCUAGGUUGAAGGCAUAGUUCCAGAGCAGCGCAACAUGACCUGAAUGGUGUGCCUGAAUUAUGCCAUAAGUUCCGCAACAAGAUCGCGAGCCUGCACCGAGAAUAUGUUGAUCUUCUAUUUGGGGACUUGAUUCCCUUUGUUAUAUGGAUGUUGUUCUUUAUUUCUUUCUUUUUUCCAUACAUCUGAGUUCUUUGUGAUAGUACGUAUCUUUUAUUGGACUCUCACCUCAUACGUUUGUGAUAGUGCGAGAGCAGACUGUUAUGCUCACCUUAUUAUCGCGCCUUUAUAAAUUAUACCUUAAUGCUCAA